CUCAUGGCUUUCCCACCCCCUUUCCUCUCCUUCUCUUGUUUUGGAGCUGGUUGAGGACAGUACGACUGGGCAAUAAGCUCCAUCAGGAAUAUUCUAUCAGGAUUGAAAUUGGGGUUGUUUUUUGCCUAAAUUAACAAUUCAGCCCUUUGAACAUCCUACGCUACUGGAGAGAAAUAACGCAGGAAGAGGAAGAUGCAUUCCCUGAUAUUGUUUCUUUUAUGUUUGUACUCUACUGGCACCAUAAAGGCCCACCCAGUACAAGAUAUAUGUACUGCCAAGCCAAAGGAUAUCCCUGUAAAUCCAGUCUGCAUUUAUCGUAACCCGGAGAAAAAGUUGCAAGAGGAGGUUGAUCAAGAGAGAAUUCCAUCUUCUACCAACCCUCGUGUCUGGGAGUUGUCCAAGGCUAAUUCCCGCUUUGCUGUCCUCUUAUACAAGAAUUUAACCAAUGGCAGGGAUGAAAAUGAAAACUUCUUUAUGUCACCAAUCAGUAUUUCCACCGCCUUUGCCAUGACCAAGUUGGGUGCUUGUGGUAGUACUCUUCAGCAGCUAAUGACGGUUUUUCAGUUUGAUACCAUUUCAGAAAAAACAUCUGAUCAAAUCCACUUCUUCUUUGCCAAACUGAACUGCCGGCUGUACAAGAAAGUCAACAAAUCCUCCGAGUUGGUAUCAGCCAAUCGCCUUUUUGGGGAAAAAUCUCUCAAAUUCAAUGAAACCUACCAGGACAUUAGCGAAGCGGUUUACGGAGCUAAACUUUGGCCUUUGAACUUCAAGGAGAAGCCAGAAUUAUCUAGAACAAUCAUCAAUGAUUGGGUGGCAAAUAAAACUGAGAAGCGUAUAACAAAUGUGAUCCCAGAAGGAGUCAUUAAUGAAUUAACUGUUAUGAUACUAGUCAACACAAUUUACUUCAAGGGUCACUGGAAAUCCAAAUUCCCUCUUGACAACACAAACGUGGAGCCCUUUUUUAGAGCCAACGCUGAGCCUUGCCAGGUGCCCACAAUGUAUCAGGAGAUGAGAUUCCGUUAUGCUUCCAUCGCGAGUGCCAAAGUUCAAGUGUUGGAGCUCCCUUACCAAGGAGACGAUAUUACAAUGGUCUUUAUCCUACCUUAUGUGGACACACCUUUGGCCCAAGUGGAGGAGCAGCUGACCGCAGAGAAGCUGGAAAGCUGGUUCGGUGCCUUGAAGGAGGUCUCUCUCUCAGUGCAUUUGCCACGUUUCAAGAUAGAAAGCAGCUUCAGCCUGAAGGAGAAACUCCAAGAAAUGGGAUUAAGGGAUCUUUUUAGCCCUGAAAGAGCCAGUCUACCAGGCAUAAUUGAAGAUCCUGAUGCAGGCCUCUAUGUUUCUGAAGCAUUUCACAAAGCCUUCCUUGAGGUAAAUGAAGAAGGCAGUGAAGCAGCCGCUUCCACCACAGUUGUAAUUUCCGGUCGCUCAUUUCCUUUGAACAAAAUUGUCUUCAAUGCCAACAGGCCUUUUAUAGUACUCAUUAGGGAAGUGGAUAUAAAUGCCCUCCUUUUCUUGGGCAAAGUGGCUGAUCCCUGUUCCUAAAAUCUCCGAUUUGUCUUCUUAAACCAAUAAAUCAAUAAAAGAAAAAAAGAUUAAGCCAACAUCCACCUGUUGCAUUAUAACAAGAUCGGUGCAUGCAGCCAAAUAAAUGUAACUUUUCAAAGAGA